AAGUUAUCAAUGAUUUUUGUUUAUCAAGAAUCAAUCAACACAUAUCAAAUUUAGUUCAUUCAACCGAUCUGUUUUCAUCAAUUUAAUCAAUCAAUUUCAAUAAUUUAACAAUGUCUUACAUAAUGUCACAUUCAAAACAUUUAUUUACAUCACAGAAUUUUAUUAACUGUGCAUUUUAUUCAGCAUUGGCAUCAUUAAUACCAUUUUUAAAUGUACAUCUAAGUGAAUUAGGAUUAUCAUGGUCCCAGUGUGCAUGGAUUAAUUGUAUGUCAGCAUUAUUAAGUAUGAUUGGACCGCUUUGUUUUGGCCCAUUAGCACAUAAAUUAUCCGGUUAUAAACAAACAUUAAUUUUGACAAUGAUAUUAGCAUUUUUAUCCGUUACGGCAUUAUUAUUCAUACCGAAAGUAAUAUCCAAUGAACAUACACCAAAAAUGUAUUUUGAUUGUAAUGAAAAUGUUUUACGUAUUGAACAAUGUUCAAAUUGGAAUGGUCAAUGUCAUACAUAUCCAAAACGUCCGGCAACAAAUUUUUCUAGUUUUGAAAUUGUUACCUGUUCAUAUGUUUGUAAUGAUGAUGGCCGACAUAAAAUUAAUUCAUCUUGGUAUCCUGUGAAUGUUUGUUUUCAUGAUAGUAAUGAUCCAGUUAGUCUUUGUUUAGAUGUUCAACAGGAAAAAAUUAUUCGUACUGAUUUAUCAUUAAGUCAAGAAGCAAGUAUACAAUUUGAUUCAAGAUUUGAUCGAUGGCCAGUAAUUGAAAAUGAUCAACAAAAUGAUCUAGUUGAUCGUAUGUUUGAUGGACAAUCAACAUGUACAUUUAAACCAUCACCACCAUUAUUAAUGUUACAAAAAGUUUAUAAUAAUAUUCAAUGUCGUCCAUAUGUACCGAAUUGUAAUAUUUAUUGUUCAAUUAAUUUACGUCAUCGUACUAUUGGUACAACACGUGUACGGCCACCAACACCAUGUCGUAUGAUUGAAGGUAAUCCUGAACAAACAUUCUAUCUAUAUCUAUUGUUUCGUUGUUUAAUCGAUUUAACAUUAUUGACAUCAAAUUCAUUAAUCGAAGCAAUACGUGUUGCAAAUACAAAUAAUUAUGAUUCAAUUUAUGCUGGUUUUGAACGUUUUUGGACAAUAAUUCUUCCAUUUAUUGUAUGGCCACCAAUUUGUGGAAUAUUAUCCGAUUAUUUUAAUGAAAAAAAUGCUGAUAAUUAUGCACCACCAAUAAUUAUAUUUGAUGGUUUUAUUGCCAUAACAAUGUUUUUAAUCAUAAUGUUACCAUUGAAUUCAACACAAACAAAAGAAUCAACAGGAAAAAUUAAUUCAAAAAAAUUAGUUGUAUUACAACCGACAAAAUUUCGUUAUCCACGUCGUCAUAGUAAUCAAUAUUUAUUAUAUCGUUUAGCAAUAUUAAUACCAAUGGUAUUAAUACUUGGUUGUUUUUGGGGUCUAUCCAAUACAUUAACCGGUUCAUUUUAUCGUCAUUCAUUACAUUCAUCAAAUUUUUUGAUUGGUUUUGCAACAAGUGGUUCAUUUUUGAUAACAGCUUUGUUUGCCUAUAUGGCUAAAUCAAUGAUAUCCGGUAUUGGCCGUAUGAAUUUAAUCCUGUUGGCAUUCAUAUUUUAUUCGCUAAGAUUUGGUGGUAUAUCAUUUUUAGCAACAGCAAAAUAUCAACAUAAAAAUUGGCUUAUAUUACCAUUUGAAAUGAUGUCAUCAUUUUGUUUACCACUGGCAUGGAUUGGUGUUACUGCAUAUGGUCAACAUUUAAUUAAACGUAGUCCAAAUGGUUUAAGUUAUGCAACCGGUACAACAAUAUUUCAAACAUAUAGUCCACAUGUUAUAAUGCAAUAUACAUUAUGUUUAAUACAUUUUGGUGGUGGUCGUGCACUUGGUGCUGCAAUGGCUAAUAUUUGGCUAAAUUUAUGGCCCGAUAUUUAUAAUCAAUGGUUAUGGCUGACGGAUUUUGAAAUGAAAACAAUCGAUAAUUAUACAAUUGAAUCAAUUAGUAAUGAUGAUAAUGCUGCAAGAAUUUUAUUUCGUUUUUCAUCCAUAUUAUCAUUAAUAUUUGGUUUAAUAUUUACUUGUAUAUAUUAUUCAUGUUGUUUAAAUUUUUUAAUCAAACGAAAUGAUCCAAAUUCAUCAUUAACAUCAAUAUUUGGUGAUCAUUCAUCACAUAAUCAUCAUCAUAAUGAUCGUAAUAAUCAUCAUUAUCUAAAAUUAAAAUGUAAAUCUGAAAAUGAAGUCUACCCGUUACGUAAUCAUCAUCAUCAUCAACGAAUACGUAGUAAUUCAAAAACAAGUGAUCAACUGCAAACACCGGCUCCAAUUACAAGAUCAAUGGUUACAUUGAGAGAAAAUUUAGAAAGUUCAGUCGAUGAUGAUGAUAAUGAUCAUCAUCAUCGAAAUCCGGAUUCAAUUUGAA